AUGAUUGUGCGAGGCAGCGCUCGCUGGGAAGAUGGCUCAGGGACAGCGGCAGCGGUGCGGCGGCCUGGACCUGUCUGUGGCACAGGUGGAAGAACAGAGUCAAAAGCAAAAAUGAAGCUCACAAGGUGUGGGAAGAUUUCUUUGGCUACCUUAAUAGUAGUAACAACAGCAGUCUUCAUUGGACUCAUUGUCUAUUUGGUUGUCUACGGAAAGACACCCUUCUACUAUCACAUCAGCUUUAAAGUCAACAACAUUGACUAUAACAACAAAUUUGCAAAACCAUAUUCACAAGAAUUUAUGGACCUAAACAAAAAAAUAGUAUCUUUGGUAAAUGAAACAUUUAAUGAAUGCAAACUGAAAAGGCACUAUGUCAAAUCUCAUGUUGUCCAAGUUAACAAAGUCAAAGGAAAAGUGGUAAUACAUGUUGUGCUGAAAUUUAAAUCCAGUUAUCAAAAUGGUGCAGCAAAAUUAUGGGAAUCAAUUGAAAAUACUUUACAUGAAAAGCUUAAGGGCCAAACUAGGUCAUUACUGAUAGAUUCUUCUUCAUUUAAAUUUUCAGACAUUUCAAUGUCAAUGGCAGAAAAUCUUCUCAACACCUGUUGUGGACAACGCACCAUAACAUCCACCGGCAACAAAAUCGCAGGUGGGAAGAAUGCAAAGGAAGGAGAAUGGCCCUGGCAAGCAAGUCUGCAGCAGGACAGUGUCCACUGAUGUGGAGCCACUCUGAUUAGUAACAACUGGCUUAUCACUGCCACUCACUGUUUCAUAAACACCAAUAAACCAACAGACUGGAAUGUUAGUUUUGGACUUCUUUUGAGUGAUCCACAGACACAGCGAAGCAUCAAGGACAUCAUAGUUCAUGAGCACUACCAUUACCCGGCACACAAGGAUGACAUCGCUCUUGUGCAUCUCUCCUCACCAGUGCUCUACACAAGCAGCAUCCGAAGAGCAUGCCUUCCGGAACCCACUUACACAUUCCCACCCAACUCAGACGUCGUGGUCACCGGAUGGGGAACGCUGAAGUCUGAUGGCACAAGCCCUAAUGUACUCCAAAAAGGAUUAGUGAAAAUCAUAGAUAACAGGACCUGCAAUAGCAAAGAGGCCUACGAUGGGACAGUCACUCCGGGAAUGCUGUGCGCUGGCUUCCCGGAGGGGCGUGUAGAUGCCUGCCAGGAUAAAUUUAAACUGACAUCUAAUAUUCAGAUGUUCAACAGAGUAUUUAAGAAGGAAAACAAGGGGCUGGCUUCAAGUGUCCUUCACUGCAUACGCCAGGCCACCUGCCGAAGCGAUACAGUUACAUUCAUCCCUCAGAAUGUGUCUGGCAUUCUCGGUUCUUGCAGUUGGUUGGAUUACAAACUCACAAAACAAGUUCACCUUGAUCUUUCACAUUAA